UUUGCUGUUAAACUGGCGAACGGUGUAGGCAAUAACGUCGGUGGUAAUGGAGGAGGUGGAGGUGGACAUGCUAAUCCCGGUGGCGCUGGUCCUGCUGCUCAUGUAAGCGGUGGUGGCGGUGGUGCUGGUCAGAACAGGAUAAAUGGAGGUCAAAGAGCAAACAAUGCAAACAAUAAUGACCAUCAACAAGCUGUCGGCGGCGAUUGGAAUCAAGAGGACAUCGAUCGUUUUAGCUUCGACGAUUCGGAUCGUUUUGAAGAGGAUUCUUUGUGCAGCUGGAGUUCUGAACCGGAAUCGGUGUGUAAUAAUUGGCGCGGCUGGAAGCGUCCAUUUGCCAAUGGUGGUAGUUGGAAUUCCACAAUGUUCAAUCAAGCUGGCAGUUCAAAGAGAGCCAACGAAGAAGAUGUUUCUUCUUUAACGGAGCUUGCAGCGAAGUGCGUUGCAUCGUUCAUACCAUUCGAACUGGUAGAACAUGUUUAUCCACCGGUUCCAGAACAACUCCAACUGCGUAUAGCAUUUUGGAGUUUUCCCGACAACGAGGAGGACAUUCGAUUGUACUCCUGUCUAGCAAAUAGUUCCGCCGAUGAAUUUCAUCGUGGAGAUCAGUUAUUCAAAAAUCGUGCAGUUAAAGAUCCCUUGCAAAUAGGUUUUCAUCUAUCAGCAACUGUUAUUGGCCAAAGCCAACUUCGAAGUCAUUUUAAUGUUGCGGUAACUUUCGAUAGAAGGCGGAUAUCUUCAUGUAAUUGUACAUGUACAUCCUCCGCUUAUUGGUGUUCUCAUGUGGUCGCAGUAUGUUUACACCGAAUACAUUGUCCCAACGAGGUAUGUCUGAGAGCUCCGGUAUCAGAAUCCCUCACCCGCUUGCAACGAGAUCAACUGCAAAAAUUUGCUCAGUAUCUUAUAAGUGAACUGCCCCAACAGAUUUUGCCAACGGCUCAGCGCCUGCUCGAUGAAUUGCUGAGCGCCCAGCCGACGGCAAUUAACACAGUAUGUGGAGCCCCAGAUCCAACAGCUGGUGCAUCAGCGAACGAUCAAACUAGCUGGUAUCUAGAUGAAAAAACCUUACAUGAGAAUAUCAAUCGCAUAUUAAUUAAGUUCUGCCUACCGGCACCAAUUGUAUUUAGUGAUGUAAAUUAUUUAACAAACUCCGCCCCACCGGCCGCUGCCGAAUGGAGUUCCCUGCUGCGUCCAUUGCGCGGAAGAGAGCCCGAAGGCAUGUGGAAUCUAUUGUCUAUUGUUCGUGAAAUGUACCGUCGCUGCGAUCGGAACGCAGUUCGUCUCCUCGAGAUCAUAACCGAGGAGUGUAUGGCAUGCGAUCAAAUCCUAAUUUGGUGGUUCCAAACAAAGCUAUCAAUGAUGAUGGGAUCGCAUGGUUAUAAUGGCGGCAAACACAGCAACACUCAUAGCAAUUCGAAUGCAUCGCAACAUGCAUGCUCAUCGCUAUGUGACGAAAUUGUGGUACUGUGGCGCUUGGCUGCAUUAAACCCAGGCCUAGCCCCUGACGAGCGGGACAUGCUGCACGCCCAAUUUACGGCGUGGCAUUUGAAGAUCCUCGAUCGGGUCGUCAAGUGCCGGAUGCUGCCGUCGUCAUACAGCAGCAAACAUCAACAGAAUUCAAGAACCGAUGCUGAGCUUUUUGUUGGUUUCAAGCCGGCCAUUGAGGCGUGCUACCUUGAUUGGGAAGAGUACCCGAUACCCGGAAUAACACACACCCAAGAAACAAAUCCCAUAUACUAUUCGCCGUUCACGUGCUUCAAACAUACCGACUCGAAGAGCGAACCCUCUACCAGCAGUCACCAGCUGAAUGCGACACAAGCGGUCAUGGCCAACAACAAGCACUACAACUAUAUCAGCACCUCGACCGAUCACCAUGGUCUGCACCUUGUGCACAACAAGAAUCGCUAUGAUCGACCGUUCCGCGACCGUUUUUACAUCUCGAGUAGCAACAAUUCGAGUAACUCGAGCAGUGAAAGUGUUCCUGUGCGAGUCCACCAUCAGGUGGGUUUGGUUUCGGGAGGAGGUGUUCUGCCAGGCAUUGUCAGUGGCAGUGGGGGAGUUGGUGUUUCUUUGGGAGUCGUUGCGGCAAAGCCAGGUGAUGGCAAUCGAUCAAGUGCGAGUAGUGAGGGCUUCUGCGAGAAUGAGGACUUUGGCGGGGACAGUAGUGGAAACAAUGAAGGCGGCCAGACACUGCAACCGCCCGCUGCAACAGUGCAGGUUAAAGCAGCUCAGAACACAAGUGAAACGGACUCACAAAAUAGUUUAGAAUUAUCUUCACCGCUGGAAGCCGAAAACUUGAGAGAUGGCGAGAGGUUGAAAUAUCUUGGGAAUUUCGUCGAAAGCACUGGCAGUAGUGUUGGGACAAGGCCGACUCUAUCGCCGUCGUCGUCUACGUCUUCGACUUCAUCGAUGUUGGCAACAAAAACUCCAAUGCCCUCUACGUCUCAAUCAGUAGCAUCUCAGCCGCCAGUUGCAGAAGCGGUCGUUCUUGAUGACGCAGUUGCGGAACCACGUCGGGUGUCCAAAGAUGAGUCGUUUUCAAGUUCGAGCGAUGAGUUCAUAACGCCUGAGGGUCAACCGAUAAAAUCUGCUCAACCCUCAUCGGCGGCGGUGUUUGUACCCUCGGUUUCUGUUGCAGAGUGCAGUCCAGUUGCUGGCAGCAGUAAGGCUCUACAAAAUCCACUUUCCACAGAAAAACCGGAAAUAUUUUCGAACGUACGACCCACGGAGGACGCUUGGGAUAUUCUGCUUGCUCGAGCAGAGGGACUUCAUGCUCACGGUCAUGGGAGAGAGGCUUGUAUUUUAGCAGUCCGUUUGGCAGAGGAGAUGUUGGCGAAUCCACCGAACUUAAUGGUGGAGCUUCCACCACCUCCGAAGCGUAAAGGCAAGAAGCACAGUAUCAACCCGAUUUCACAUCAGCUGAGCGUGCUGGCAUCUUCGACGCUGUCCAAAUGUGCAUUCCUCUGCACAGUACUAUCUGAAAACUCAGAGCAUUAUCACAAUGCAUUCAGGAUUUGUCUAUUUGCAUUGGAAAUGCCACGACCUCCGGCCAGCACCAAACCCCUGGAAGUGAAGCUGGCCAAUCAGGAGGCGGAUCUGUUGGCUUUGUUGAAGAAAAUCCACUUAAAUCAACCUAAGUUGCGAGUAAUUCGUGAACGUGCCGAACAAUUGAAGAAUGGCACACUUAAGUCUAGAGGGGAGGCCUUGCUUCCGAUAAACCUAGCGAGUUUUAUCUUUGAUGCUUUGGUUAUGCCCUCGGUUAUGGGCAAAGAAAAUCGCAACAAAGUCAUGAGUAUAGCAUACCGGACGCCAACAGAUGAGAAUUUAGGAUUCGAGGCGGCUGUAGCUGCUUUGGGCCUAAAAGCUAAUGUCUCCGAGGCGGAGCAUCCUUUGCUCUGUGAAGGAACCCGUCGGCAGAGGGGAGAUUUGGCUUUAACAUUACUGUCAUAUUAUAAGGACGAACCUCGAAAGAUAGCAAAAAUUAUGGAUAAGCUCCUGGAUCGAGACAUUCAUACUUUGCUUAAGAGUCCUCUGCUGCCUGCUUACUAUUCAAACAACCCACCGGUGAGGACUCCAGCAUCGCAAGCUCGCCGUGAUGAGCAGGAGCAAUUCAAUGCGCACGUUGCGACUACAUCUAAUUUUGCAGAUUCUUGCGGAUUUCCGUCGUCGGACAACAGCCGGCCACACAGCAGUACCAGUGCGGAAUUGGAGGUGGGAAUGGGAGCACUGAGUGUGAGUUCGGGGCAAGGAAACAUGGCCGGAGCCUCACCGAGCCAGACCAUGGGUGGAAGUGGUAAUGUUGGCAGUUCUGGUCCUGGUCCCAGCACUCGAAACAAAGAUCUACGAUACAAGGGCAAGAGGGCUUAUCCUUCAAUACCAAACCAGCCAUCAGAGGCAAGCGCACAUUUUAUGUUUGAAUUGGCGAAGAAUGUGCUAACUAAAGCAGGAGGAACAAGCUCAACUUCACUAUUCACACAGGCAACUACGAAUCACAACCACCACGGGCCACACCGUGCUCUGCACAUGUGUGCUUUCCAACUGGGACUGUAUGCUCUUGGGUUGCAUAACUGCGUUAGCCCGAAUUGGUUGUCCCGCACGUACUCUUCGCAUGUGUCGUGGAUCAUUGGACAAGCGAUGGAGAUCGGUGCACCAGCAAUAUCAUUCCUCAUAGAAACAUGGGAGGGGCAUCUCACGCCGCCCGAAGCUGCGGGCAUGGCAGAUCGGGCUUCAAGAGGCUGGGACAACAACAUGGUCUAUCCAGCUGCUGAGCUGGCACUCUCAGUUCUUCCCCAUUCUGCUGCACUAAAUCCAAAUGAGAUUCAACGUGCGAUACUGCAGUGUAAGGAACAGAGUGAUCAAAUGCUCGAACGAGCCUGCAUAACUGUCGAAAACGCAGCUAAGGGUGGAGGCGUCUAUCCAGAAGUUCUAUUCCAAGUUGCUCACUACUGGUAUGAAUUGUAUUUGCGAAAUACUCCGAACAGCGAACAAGAUCACGAUGUCAACGACAUUGACCACUCGGCAAGUCUGAGUGCGUUAAUUGAAUCGGCAGAGGCUCAGAUGCAACAGCCGCCGCCACCGCAACCGACACAAAAUCAGCAAGUAGUUGUGACAACAGCCCCUCCACCAUUCCAACAGGGAGUCACGACACUGGCUCCCAUUGGAAUCGCGCCCUAUCCCCCGUACAGUUUCUGCCAGGGCAUCUAUCAUCACCACAACUUGACGUAUCCUCCAAAUCAAAUGCAAAUGUACAUCUCGACGGCACCUCCACCACAGGCCUACCAGCCAUACCCACAGGCUCCACCAACCCAAGCAGGUCCGCCACCGAGUGCAUAUGGAGUGCAACCGGGGGCAUUCCAGCCCAUGCAAGCUCAUCCACAAGUAACACAGGGUGGAGGUUAUCCAGGUGCUCCUGGAUCGCAGCAAUACGCUGCAGUGCAAAUGCCCGUACAAGUGAACACCGGAGCUCCACCACCCACCCAGCAAUUGCCGCCGCAGUACUAUGGGCAACCGAUGGCGAUAGCCCCUCCUCAAGCCUCCCAACAAGGCAAUGGAAUGCGACAGCAGCCGUAUCCGUUUGCCCAACAAGCUCAGCCGCAGGUCCGGCAAAGGCAUCCACAUCAGUUCAGUCCCACUCAACUACGUUAUUUGCUCGCCGCCUACAAUGUCGGCAUGCUGGCAAUGGAAACACUCGCCCGCAGGGUUCACGAUGAUCGUCCACAGGCGAAAUACGCCCGCAAUCCACCAUACGGUGAAGAUGUAAAAUGGUUGCUGCGCAUAUCAAAGAAACUGGGCACCCAGUAUUUGCAUCAGUUUUGUGUGUGCGCCGUAAAUUCGAUCGUUAGUCCUUUUGUACUGCACGAUGUUGCAAUCGAAUCAGCACAUUAUCUCGGUCGAAACAACCAUCAAUUGGUGAUGCAACAUUUACGAUCUGCAUUGACACCGCUUGUUCAAAAGUGUCAACAGAUGUACAUUCAAUGCAUCCACCAGAAACUGUAUCAUCUCACACAGGCAGAUUACGAAGAUUUCGCCAGUAUUAUCUUAGCAGCACGUGCAGCCUUCCAAAUAACACCGGAAGGUAGCGCACAAUUUAAGGAUUGGUUGCAGUCUAUUAAAAGAUCAAAGUCGUGCAAGAAAGAUCUUUGGACACAAAUCAAUGCCGCUCUACAAACAAAUUCUAAAUGACAAAGACUUGAAUCGGCUAGUUCCGAAGUAAUCACUCUAAAAAGCAAUGCAUCAUCCCUCUCUUCACUACUC